CCCAAUCUCCUCCUCUUUUUCUCACUACAAGCGGCUGCUGAUGCUGAAGCCGAGCGUCACUUCUGCUCCCACGGCAGACAUGGCGACAUUGACAGCGGUCCAGCCGCUCGCUCUGGACAGAGAUGUUGCCAGAGCAAUUGAAUUACUGGAAAAGCUACAGGAAUCAGGAGAAGUACCAGUGCACAAGCUACAGUCUCUCAAAAAAGUGCUUCAGAGUGAGUUUUGUACGGCUAUCCGAGAGGUGUAUCAAUACAUGCACGAAACAAUAGCUGUUAAUGGCUGUCCCGAAUUCCGUGCCAGAGCCACAGCAAAGGCAACAGUUGCAGCUUUUGCAGCUAGUGAAGGCCACUCCCACCCGCGGGUAGUCGAACUGCCAAAGACUGAUGAAGGCCUUGGUUUUAACGUGAUGGGAGGAAAGGAGCAAAACUCCCCCAUUUAUAUCUCUCGCAUCAUUCCCGGAGGGGUGGCUGAAAGACACGGAGGCCUCAAAAGGGGAGACCAGCUGCUGUCAGUGAAUGGAGUGAGCGUGGAAGGGGAACACCAUGAGAAAGCUGUGGAAUUACUCAAGGCUGCCAAGGACAGCGUCAAGCUGGUGGUCCGAUACACCCCUAAGGUCCUGGAAGAAAUGGAGGCUCGAUUUGAAAAGCUCCGGACGGCCCGGCGUCGGCAGCAGCAGCAGUUGCUAAUUCAGCAGCAGCAACAGCAACAGCAGCAACACACACAGCAAAACCACAUGUCAUAGGUCCUUGAAGAAAAGCAAUUUGAUCAAACACCGGAUAGUGACGAGUUUGAAACCAUGCUUCAGAACCCCCAGCACAUAGUAAAAGGGAAAAACAACACUGAUAAUUAUACCUGUCAAGAAGCUGUGAACACGUGGUGUGUAUAUUCUUUACCGAGGCAACUCGACUCUUUUUCUCUCGGGCUGAGUCCCCGCAGCUCACGUGGCUCUUCACAUACACAGACCCUCCACCCCGCUCUGGGAGUUCUCCGGGAGUUAGGAGAAGGUUUCCAGGCUGCAGACUGAAACAGUGGAAGAAGAAUGAAGUCCAUGACUUUCAGAAUGAUCACCAGGGCCAAGAUUAAGAGAAUCUUUGGUCUACCACUUUUUCAGAGGUUAACAAAUCCCUCAUUAGGCUGUAGUUCAAAUGGCAUCCAUUCGAGGUUGUGGCCACUAAGAAACAACCGACGUGUUGCCCCUCCCCCUGGCCUGUGCCACACCCACAUUGCUAAAUUGUCUGACAAAAUCCUAAUUUACUGCAAAUUCAACCUCUAUUCCCCUCUUGAAAAUGGCAAGUUAUCCUGUAUUUAUCCUCUAUUCAGGUUCUAGAAGCAGUUGGCCUUUUUUUUUUUUCUGUUUCCAUGAAUUUUAUUAUGCAUGAACAGAGUGGGGCAAUUUUAGUUCCCUAGAAGCAAGGAUAGAGAAUUCCAGUACUGUAUUUUUUUAAUUUAAGUAUUGCUUAUAUCUAUCAUUAUUAAUUUGAACAGAAUAUAAUGUAUAUUUAUUCUGAAAAAUGUAUAUUAUCAGAGUAUAUCUGUUACAAACUUUGGUCUCUUACCAAGUGUUAUAAAUCCGGUAAGAGAACACUAGCAAAGGACCUAGCUUCAUAUGAUAUUUAUAUAUAACCCUGCUCUUGAUAUGUUUUCAUUAAGUUUUAUAUUUUUGAUUGAUGAAUUCUGGGGAAAUCUAAACUCUUUCUACCUACCCCAAUGUGCUGUCAUGGGGGUCUAUUUGAUAUUUUAAAUCUUAGGACUUUAUAAAACUAAACUAUAUAUCCAUAUAUGCACAAAUUUGUAUGUCAUAUACAGUUUAGAUCAGUUUCCUCAAAUAUAAAUGGGAUAUUUUUGGCAGCCUGAGAUCAAAAGUGUUAUUCCUCUUAAUAUUAGACAUACGUAAACCAGUGAUAUUGAAAAUGGGAAUGAAAAGAUGUUGUUUUUCCUAGAGGGGAAAGAUACCUACUUCAUUACACAUAAGUAAAUAGGCAAUGAGAUACCAUCUUUCAGAAAGUAGCAGUGAAGAAUGGUCUGUUGGAGCCACUUACAAAAAUCAUAAAUUUUGGCUAUGGUAAAUCUAGGCACAUAAGUCUAAUUUUAUUCUCUGAAAUGAGUAGGAAGCAAUAAUUAUUUGGACACUUAAAUACCUUAAGCACACAAAUGUACCAGGAAAGAGAAUAAAUGUUCAGUUGAAACGUUCUAGAAAGAUCAUUAAAACAGAGGCAGAUAUUUGAAUUUCUCAUUUCUCAAAUACAGAUAUUGAUUCCCCAAGAUAAAUAAAUUUCACAUUGCAAAUAGUCCCCUAAAUUAGAAAUUUAUGAAGCUCCAUUUCAAAACUGCUUUCUUGAUAACAAAAUAAAACCAAUCAAACUA